CGUCACUUUCUUUUAGACAUCGUCAGUUUUACUCCACAUAUUUUACAAAAUAUUGAGCUCUAUUAAUGGCGCUACUUAGGAGGUUUGUGACGAAACCGUUCUUGCGAAACAUCUUCGCCCACAUGAGAAACUUCUCUGAGCAAGAGUCGUCAACAUGCCCACUGCCCCAACCGGAAAAUCCAUGUAAAGCACCUCGCACUAAGGGCUUAGUUUUAGGGCUAUACACGAAUCCAGAUGAUCCCUUUGAUAUUGGUGCUCUUACACCGACAGGAAAGAGAUAUAAUGCAAUGGUGUGCAAUAGGCUACUCGAACUGCUGGAGAUGUCACCUCCACCCAAAAAAGGAGAAAUAAGGUUGUUCUACAACGUGGAUCCUGAAUUCUCUAUGGUCGCCGUAAGUGGACUAGGGCGUGCCUGCCAAGGAUAUGAUGUCUUCGAGCAGAUGGACGAAGGAAAAGAAGCUAUCCGUAUUGCGUCAGCACAGGGAAGCAAAGCGCUUCAGAAAAUGAUGGUGCGAAGAGUCUACGUCGAAAGUUUCGGCCAUGCAGAAUCAGCAGCUGAAGGUUGCGCGCUCGGCGUGUGGCUGUAUCAAGAAAAAAAGCGUAAGGAACAUCAGAAAUAUAUACCAACCAUAGAGCUUUACGAUGACUGCGAUUGGACAGGUUGGCAAAUCGGUCUGCAGAAAGCUGCCGCGCAAAACUUAGCAAGACAACUGAUGGACUGCCCGGCGAAUAUGAUGACUCCCACAACGUUUGCACAGAAUGCCGUAGAAGUGCUUUGCAAGUCUGGAAUAAACGUCGAGGUUAAAGUUAGAGGAUGGGCUGAGACGCAAAAAAUGAACGCUUUCCUGGCGGCAGCUCAAGGUUCUUGUGAGCCACCGAUCUUUUUGGAGCUAAGCUACUAUGGUGCCUGCAAAGAUGAGAGACCAGUUGUCUUGAUAGGGAAAGGAAUAACAUAUAACAGCGGAGGAAUAUGCGUGAAAGAACCGAACAAGCAGAGGUUCAUGAGAGGAGACAUGGGAGGCGCAGCAUGCGUUGUAGCUGCCUGCAGAGCAGUGGCAGGUCUUCAACUGCCGAUCAACAUAAGAGCACUGAUACCACUCUGCGAAAACAUGCCAGGCUGUGCCGCAAUGAGACCUGGUGAUAUCGCAAAAGCCAUGAAUGGUAAAAGCAUCAAAAUUGAAUCAACUGAGGUAGCAGGCAGGUUAUGUCUUGCAGACGCUCUAGUCUACGCCCAAAAUUUCUGGCCUAGAUUUAUCGUGGAUAUAGGAACCAUGACCAAUGACAUGAAGCACGCAAUUGGUGCAUCGGCCUGCGGAGUAUGGAGUAACUCGGAAGCUUUAUGGGAGUACAUGCUUGCAGCCUCAAUGCAUACUGGUGACAGAGUGUGGAGAUUUCCUCUCUGGGAUCACUUCACCAAGCUGAUAGCUGACCACCACGCAGUUGAUACCAAGACCUACGGCAGAGGUGGAACACCCAGGUGCGGGGAAAAUAAUAGGGUAGCGGCUUUCCUCAAUGAGUUCGUUCCGUGUGGUGAUUGGUUACACAUAGACAGUUAUGGAGUCAUGUUUUCCAAUGGAGAAGACUACCCCUACCUACGAAGGGGAAUGUCUGGAAGGCCCACUAGAACCAUGGUGGAGUUCUUGUCGCAGCUAGUCUGUCAUCGCGAGUAAUUUAAGAUUUACAGAAAUUGCUCAAAUUAUGAUUAAAAAUAAAUAUCGUAGAAUGUAUGUAUAUGUAAAGUAUGUAUUUAUGACGCAGACAAGGGCGAAGCUAUAGCAGGAUAAUAAAUAUGAUGGCGGGGUCGUCGAAUACAUUUAUGAAAUAGAGAAAGUGAUAGAUAAAUCACAAUAUUGAAAUCUGUGUGAUCCCCGUUUAAAACGGACUGUACCAAUCGCUAAUCGCCGGGCUAAUGAUAGCAACGUAUGUCCUAAAAGACUUGGCACAAAAUUUUUAUCUUUUUUUAAGAAGAAAUUUAUUUAAACACUAACUAUCAGGUAACCAAAUAAGUUCGUGCG